AUGGCAGAGACUGGACAGGAUCGAGACGCAAUGGUUAGCUUCCUUUCUGAGGGCGAGAAUGACGCCAUCGAAGCCCUAGUCCAGCUCUCUCAGAGUUCUCCCAUCGUCUUCGAGGGAAAUCCGGAAGAUGGAAAUACCUCCAAUGACCGUGAAGCCACCGUAUUCCAGCCACAGCCUCAAACUGAGCCCGCUCAAAGUAUGGGAGCGCUAGCUGAAAUGAACCGGUGCGAUCAAUUGCAGGCUUACCUCUAUCAUCAACAGAGGUUGGUGGGUAUCCCUCCGGAGCAAAUGAUCUCAAUGUCAGGCGAAAUGGGUGCCCCAGCUCGAGGAUCGAGUACUGGACAGGGAAGACCUCAAGGACCUGUUAACAGGCCUGAGAAUCCAUGUGUGGUGCAGUUCUCUUCAGAAGGUGGAGUAAUAGCGCCAAUCAACCCCCCUGCGCGGUACGAAGGUGUGCUACCCUUUCCAAGCUUCAGAGUUGAUCUUCCGACUAAUGAGCAGUCAGCGGCGGAGGCCUUGGACCUGAACGAAGUGAUCUAUGGCCCAGGCGGAAGACCAGAUAAGUCCGAAGAACGUGCAAUCCCUACACGGGCUACAGAGGAAGAUCCAGGAAUUUCUGGAGCUAUGGGACAAGAGUCUUUUGAUGACAUGGAGGUCGAUCAGGGAGAGAGCUCGGCUAGACCAAUUACGCAGGCUGGUUCUAUCCAGAAUCCGCACCGCCAUACAGCGCGACACCAACGGAUUCUACCCAAACCGACCCGUGACUCCCCCCAUCGUCGAUCGUCAAACACGGUUAGGGCUGCUCGCGCCCCCCGGCACCAUGCACCGAAGCCCAUCCGCAAUCACCCCCACAAAGGGUUUGAUAUUUUGGCAGCUUUCACCGACAACGUCGAGAUGGCUUGUAUGCUCGCCGAACAUCUAGAGCCCACCGACUUACUCAAUCUAUACGCAUGCUCGAAAAAUUGGAACGCAUUCAUCACAACAUACCCCGAACUCAUAAUCCUUAAACGAUCAAUCAACCAAGCUCCCGAAUCCGCCCAUGCAUUUCCCUUUCGCUGUUAUCCCCUUUUAUGUAAACCCAGACCCAAACCCAGCCCCAAGAAUGAACUUGCGCCCAGUUUCCCCUGGCUGUCCAUGAUCAUGGACCGCGAGCGUAUCGUCCACUCGAUCAUGCAAUGGAUGAGACGGACAAGCUACGAAGUCCCGACAGGGAGCGGCACCGCGAUCAAAAAGCUCUGGUUUCUCAUGGACAUACCCGAUACGCGACGGCGGAAAUGGACGAUCCGAAAUCGACAAAUCUGGAGUGACAUGGAUCUGUUCUUAGCCGGCCUCUUCAUGAUGCAAAUCGACUCGGCGCUUCAGGACGAAGACGAAGACGGGAACGAGCACGGCGCGAUGCGGCGUCUCUUGAUGGCUCAGAAGAGCCUAUCGGUCCUGUGGGGUGUGCUGAGCGGCGAGAUCUGGCAGUCCGAGCUCGAGGUCGUCCAGUCAUAUAUUCGCUGGCGGUACGAACCUCUCCAUCACGAGCGCAAGAUGCAGAACAUCCUAGGCGUUCCAAAAGCAGAGGUCGGACUGCUCCAGUACGAAGCGUAUGGUCGGCACGGGCAAACUGAUAGCAAACUGCACCGGCCCGAUUCACUCGUCCUCAGGGAAUUGAAGCGCCGGGAGCUUGACAUCCCGAAGUUGUAUCGGGAAGCCGUCGCGUUGGAUGAAGGGGGGCCACACAUGGCUGAUGACCACCUCAGAUGGGACAUGGCCAUGAAGGAUACAAUCGAGGGCAGUGGAUUCGAUUGGCGCGAUGCAGUCAACUUGGAUCGCCCGAACAUUAGUUGA